CCUUGGAUACCAGCCAUGUCAGCUCCACAGGCCUACGUUACCUUGGCCACCACAGAUGCCUACUGCAUGGGGGCCAUGGCGGUGGGUCGGAGUCUGCGGCGGCACGGGACAACCCGCCAGCUUGUGGCAAUGGUCUCACCCAACGUCUCUGUGGAAGCACGGCGUGCCCUUGGCCAGGUGUUUGACGAUGUGCUGAUGGUGGAUGUUCUGGACAGCAGGGACCAGUCUCACCUAUCCUGGCUGGGCCGACCGGAGCUAGGGGUCACCUUCACCAAGCUCCACUGCUGGACCCUCACCCAGUACAGCAAGUGUGUGUUCCUGGACGCAGACACACUUGUGCUUUGUAACGUGGACGAUCUGUUUGAGCGUGAGGAGUUCUCUGCUGCUCCUGACCCCGGCUGGCCAGACUGCUUCAACUCAGGAGUGUUUGUCUUCAGGCCUUCUAUGGACACCCACGCCAGGCUAAUGCAACACGCACAACAACAUGGAAGCUUUGACGGAGGGGACCAAGGACUCCUUAACACGUUUUUCAGUGACUGGGCUGUUAAAGACAUCAGCAAACACCUUUCAUUUCUCUACAACCUCAACGCCAAUGCUGUCUACACCUACCUACCUGCUUUCAGACAGUAUGGCCACAAGGCUAAGAUAGUCCAUUUCCUCGGCUCGGUCAAGCCAUGGCAUUUACGCUCCACCUCCCAGAUAGAAGGAAACACAGGCCCUUCCCUCGGUCAGUUUGCCAACCUGUGGUGGGAGGAAUACCUCAACCAUACAGUCCCCCAUGUGACCCAUACAGAGACCACGCCUAGUCAACCCAGUCAAGACUCAGGGAAACAGAAAGACAGUCUGGAGAGAGAAGCUGAGGAGUCCUUCGUUGAUAACCAGAAUAUUUUGGACUUGCUGUUCAGAAAUCUCUCGUUGACCCCAGAGGAGCCCAGUUCACCUGUGAGACUGAAGGAGAUGCGUACAGAACCAGAGGACAUGCUGUUGGAGGAGGAGGGAGGAGCGGAAGAGUGGACAGAGACUCAGGAGGAGGGAGGAGCGGAAGAGUGGACGGAGACUCAGGACCCUCCUGAAAGUGAGGAAAGGUCAGAGGUCACUGAUGACAGCUACAAAGACCCUGAAACAGAGAAGACGGAGAAGGAUGACUUGGAACAUCGCAGACUGUGGGAGGCAGGACAGGCAGACUACCUGGGAAAGGAUGCUUUCGCCAACAUCCAGAAGAAACUAGACACAUUUCUGGAUUAGCUUGUUAUGCCAAAGUCACGGUGUUUUAUUGUUAAUUACUGUAUGCACGCAGUUACCUGUUGGUGUCUGCACAGGCGGUUGUUGUAGCAUUAUCCAGUCAGGUGUUUGUGCUGAAAUGUAGAUAAUGGCUUAUUUGUUUCACACAAUAAAAAACGAUUAUAGCAGA